GCCCCCGCGGAGGGGCGCCCGCAGCAGUUCGGGGCCGAUUAUCGCCCCCAAGUCUUUGCUCCUUCUCCCCGCCCGGCCUCCGGCCCGCGGGGCCCGAGGUUAAAUAGCGUUCUCACCAGCUGCCCUCCGCAGGAGGCCCCGGUGCCCUCGGGCUGCUGUCCCAGCCGUUGGGCCACCCCAACGAGCAGCGUCCUCCCCCCGCGUCCCCUCCGGCUGCGAUGGCCGCGCUCCUCCUUCUUCUGCAGCUGCUCGUCUGCUGCCGCCGGGGCUCGGCGGCCUCCCCUGUCCGUCUGCAGCCGUCACCCCUGCGGGUCAGCUGCCCGGCCCCUCACGGCCAAGUCUUCCAGCGGCAGGACAACGAGCACAGGGUGUCGUGCCUGUGGAACAGCACCGUCACCCUGCAUUACCAGCCCGCCCCAGGAGCAGGGCUGGAGGUAGAGGGGGAGGAGGGGCAGCCACCAUCCCCACCUCGCUGCGUCUGGUACCUGAACUCGGCCUCUCUAAGGAACAUCUCACGCUGGUCAGGCCAGGUGGUGCUGCAGUCAGGAGAAGCUCCUCCACCCGGGGCCUCCAGCCUUCUUACAGUGCAGUGCUCGUCUGCCUCCUGCGCUGCACCCGAGUGCUUUCACCACAACGUGAGCGUCGAGAUCGUGGAGCAGGAUAUGCGGCUGUUCAUGCUUUGGCCACACACACACGUUGUCCAAGUGUGGCAGCCGGUGGAGCUGGGCUGGUGUGCGCGCCUCAAGAGUGCUGGCUGGCAGUACCGCUUCAGCAGCCGGAGAGGCGUCCCUUCGACCCUUCUCCUUCCCAGCAGUGAGCACCAGGACACAACAUCACCUACUGUCUAUCCAACAGUUGAGCUGCAACAGACCUGUGCCACCUACUACAGCUACCGCUUGACUGUGCGCUACAGGCACCCCGGGAUCCACGUUGCUAUGAUCAGUAUCGAGCAGAUGCCUCACAUAAGCCUCCGCCUCUUUCUCAAGGUGGAGCCUGACUUGGUGCAUGUCCUCAGUAUCAGCUCCAAGCUCCUUAGUGUUCCUCAUCAGCCCCUCAGCUUAUCCUGGUGGCUUCAGCCCCUUACCCUGAGUACACUUGCCUACAGACUGGUGGACACACAGGCUGUAGGAGGUUGGCUCUGCUCCUACAGUUCAUUUACGCUUUCAAGCAACUUCUGUGCCAUUUCUACACCUCAGAGCCCGGAUGAGAUAGUGGUGGCCAGCGUUUACUUCCAUGUUGAUGGAGAGAGGUUUGAGGAAUUGAUGGGGGAACUGCACCUGCUCAACAGCACCCUGAUCUUAACUGCUGGCAAAGAAACUCCCAUACAUGUGAACCUUUGUCCAGGGAAGACCAACAGCAGCACUUACAUUUUCAGGUACAAUCAGGGAACAUUUUACACAUCUAAAGACAACAGCACCUUUUCCACAGAUCACCCUAACACACACACUAUAUUCUACCAAUACAAGGAGCUCUCCUACUUACUCACCAUAGAGUUUCUGGCCUUACAGUGGUACAAGUUCAAAAUGUACCUUUAUAUGAACCAGAAGAGGGCUUUGAUUAGGUCACUGGCAGAAAGAGACCUUGACAUCCAUGUUUUCAGCACUGGCCGUCCUUCUUUUCUGCAGAACUUUAGUUAUUUACUGUGGUUUAUCCCUGCACAACAUCCGAUGCUACAGUGCGAGUGGACCUUCCAUCUGCAGCUUUUUGGCACAAAGAAAGACCAUAUUGUCCAGAGCAGCACAUAUACGUACAAUGACCAUGUAAAAAAUGCUGCGCGUUUUGUCCGUCGCUCUGCUUUACCCUUUGAUGCAGAGAAAUACACGGGGUUUGUGGCAAAAGUGAACUGCACCAGCAGUGCACCUACACCAGCUCUUUUAAGCGUCAGGGUCAACAACCAUACUGCAAAAACCAUAGAAGCACCAGUGGUUUGUGAGCAAAAAGAAUGUUGGAUAAGCAGGUGUUGGAUUGAUAGACCUAAUCCCAGAUCCAUUAUCUUGUACAAGAAAAGGGCAUUAGAAUUUUUCCUCUUUGUCAAGUUGAACGUAGAGUGCCACAUUGGUAUAUCUAUCAAGUCUUUAUGGCAAGUCUAUCCUGCUAAGGACACAAAAACUGAGCCGGACUGGUCAAAGCCAGUAAACACUUCUGCAAUGUUUGGCACAAAAAUGAUACAUUUAACUAUUCCAGCUAAUACUUUAGAUUAUGGGUUGUAUCUGUUUACUUACACUGCUGAGGUAGUCCCAAUUAGGACCUCAACAGUCCUCAAGGCCUAUGAUAUGAUUUAUGUUCAGAUUGAGAGAGCUGAUCUAUUGGCAAAUAUCUCAGGAGGCGCGGUCCGCACAGUGGGUUUUUCUGAGCGCUGGACUCUUGAUGGCUCUGAAUCCUCUGAUCCUGAUUCACAGGAAGGACCACUGAUUUUUACUUGGUACUGCACUAAAGACUCAGCAGACUAUGCAACCAUGAAAUUCAACAGGAAAAACAGAUGCCAUCCAUUCCAGAAGGAUUUGAGAUGGAUAAAACCCUCAGGUCCCAUUCAAAAAAUACCACCAGAAUCCCUCCCAGGAAACACCUUAUACUACUUUCGCCUGGUGAUUCAAAAGGGCACAAGGAAGGCUUAUGCUGAUCAAAUUGUAGAGGUAUAUCCUGGCCCUCCACUCAUUCUGGAUAUGAAAUGCAUCGAAAACUGUGGUAGGAGUUUAAUUCCAACAGAGAGAUUUGUCAUAUCUGGAAAAUGCUCAAACUGUAAACCAAGCAACAGGCCACUCUAUUACUGGUCCCUUUUUUCAGACACCUCUAAAGAAAUUAAUUUUGAUUGGGACUCUAAAACAUCAACGGGAAGGUCUGGGGCUUACAUGUCUAUAAAUGCUCUGACUUUCAUAAAGCCUGCAUAUCAAUCCUACAUACUUCACUUAAGUGUAAGUACCUGGGAUGGUAGGUCCACAUCCUCCAAAAUACCCUUUUCGGUAAAUACUCCACCUCGACCCGGCAGGUGCAACAUCAAACCCCGCUACGGUAUAGCCUUUCUGACAAAAUUUGUUGUUAAGUGUAGAGGAUUUUCUGACAACCAUUUACCUCUGACAUAUAAAGUGAUAGUAGCUUCCAAAAUACCGCAAACUACCACAGUAACAUCUGUGGUGGAAAACACAUUUGGCAUAAUUCUGUACUUUGGUUCUGAGCCUAAAACUCCUCCAUCUUUUCUCCCAGCUGGAGUGCCCUCUCGUUGGUACAGUUUGACACUUUAUGUUCAAGUCCGUGAUUCCUUCAGUGCAUUUACCCAGGUGAAUUUACGUGCCUACGUGAGCAGCCCACUUAGAACUCAAUCCCUUUCAGCUAUAUUUCAUCGACUACUGGCUUCAGCAAGCCAUUUAAGCAUGUCAACAUCUGCUCAGCAGACUGGGGAUCGUCUUAGAGCUGGUUAUUUGACUUAUCUUGCAGCCUCACUCUUAAACUAUGGGAAAAAAAAACCAAUUGGCCAGCUCCCUCAGGCUCAGCUUCGGGAAACUGUGGUUAAAACAGCCUUGAAUAUUUCAGUAAACAGCAUCAUGGAAGUCAAUCAAGUAGUGGCUGUUCUUUCUGAAGUCACAGAGGCAGCGGAGAAAAUGAAUGUUAGGUCACAAGACCUUGCCAUUGGGAAACUGACAGAAGUAACAGGAAUUCUGAAGAGACAGAGGAGUCAGACCCAUUGGUCUGAGGAAGCAGAAAUUCAGACUAGUGGAAUACUAAGAUGCUUGUCCAAUGUCCUGAGAGCUGAUCUUCUGCGUCUUAAGAAUGCCAGUGCAAAUGGAAUUCAACAUGUUUUCUCCAUCAUGGAAGGUGUAACAGAUAUAGUUUUCUGGGGAAAAGUCCCUGAAGAAACAGAAACUCUAAUAGAAACAGGACACUGGAAUAUCACUUUGAAGAAAAAUGAAGUCUGGAAAAUUACAGAUUAUUUGCCUGACAUAUCCACCUGCCGCAAUUGCUUUAUUCCAACACUGACAAAAAGAGAUGUUUCGGGAAUGAGCCCGGAUACUGUGUUUUCCACUGCUGUUUUUGAAUUUGAUGAGAGCCCCUUCCCAUGGUUAGGUCACACAUCAGAUAUUGUAUCAAUGGUCAUGGGGUUUAAAAUGUCAGAGAAUAAGGCUAAUGGGGAUCUAGUUCUAUUCAAGCCUGAAAGAGCAGACGUUUUUCUUGCCAGGAAAGGUGGAGUCGUAACUUUUCAUUUAGUAAUGGGACCUGAUAAAACACAAGCUUACACAAUUGGAGGAUUUAGUUUUGAGAUCAGUAAAACUACCAUGAACAUAUACUUCCAGAUUAUCACAAAAUUAGAAGUUACUUUCAAGGUGCUGAUAUUUUCAGGUACCAAUAUUACUCAUGCUCAGCCUGUGGCCUCCUUUACUGCUUUUCACAACAUGUCAACAGCUGCAAGUGGAAGUGAGACAAUCACUGAUGAAUGUAGCAUUACAAGUCCCUAUCUAGUCUGUGUCCCACAGUCCCUGGUGAAAAACAUCAUGCAGAAAAGUGGUGCAGACACUCAGAACAUCUCUGUUCUCUUGGAGACACGCUAUAUCUUAAGGUACCCAAACCGGAAAGUGGUGAGCAUAUACAUUUUUAAUGACCAGUGCCUGUUUCUGAACGGGAUUGAAAGUCAGUGGAGCAACGAUACAUGCGUGUUUGGUCCCUUGACUGACUGGGAGAAGGUACACUGUAUCUGUGUCUUCACGAAGCACCGCAGGAGUCUGUCAGCCCUUCCGGCAUCCAGCAUCAAGUUCCUGGCAGCCAAAGUAGUAGUUCUUCCCAACACAGUAGAUCUGGGGAGAAACCUGAUAGCAGACAUACCUAAAAACCCACUGACCCUCAUAACAGUGCUCUUUAUUUUUGCCAUCUACUUGCUUUUGUGCUGUUGGGCUAUAAGAAGAGACAGGGUUGAGAAGGAGAUCAAGUACAUUAUCGUUCUGCCAGACAAUGAGGUCUCUGAUGAAGGGAGCUUUUUGGUCACUUUGUACACAGGCAGUCGCUGGAAUGCUGGGACCAAAGUAGAAGUCUUUCUGCAGCUCAUCGGCCAGCAUGGCAGGAGUAAAUUCCGUUGUUUAUGGCACCAGCCUUCUCCAGCUUUCCAACGGGGAAGCAUUGAUUGCUUUCUGAUAACUACUACGAGAAAACUGGGAGAUAUUCGCUCCUUCAGGGUCAGGCUCAAUAACGAUGGCAAAUCUCCAACCUGGUUCUUAAGCAGGGCUGAAGUUGAGGACAUGUCCACCAGGAAGACCUGGUUCUUUCUGUGCAGAAAAUGGCUUUUCCUUGAUGAGAACAAUCCCUUGCGAGACUGGAAAUUUUCUGUCAUAGACCCCCAGACACCUCUUCCCAAAUUCGACUAUUUUCUUAUUAAUUUUAACAGGAGACUGACAGAGUACCAUCUAUGGCUCUCAAUUUUUGCUCCUGUUGUGGCUGGGGCUUUCACCAGGUUCCAAAGGUUGUCUACAUUUUUAGCAGUACUAUUAUUCACCUUGCUUGUUAACAUUAUGUUCUUUAAUGCUGAAAAGGAUGAAGAAGCUCCAAUAUACCUGAGGUCUUUGAGAUCAAUAACAGUAGGAAUUGAAUGUGCUUUGCUUACCCUCCCCGUGGAAAUGUUAAUAAUUGCCUUAUUUAAGUAUUCCCAGAAGGAUCCUCCUCCUGUUGUGACUAAGAUGUACCCAAAGGUAGAUUCUACGUACUGGAAUAAUUGCAUAAUAUCUGAAAAAGAUGCAAAUGUAAUUGACACAGAGGAGGAGACAACAGCUGCAGAUUCCCCUGAGACGGGUACAAAGCCCCAGAAGUCAAGUUUCAAUUUCAUGCAGUGGGGCAUCUUUUCCAAAGGAAGGAGCCUAAGUACUACCAUCAGGCAGCUUCGCAAGAUCCCAGACACUGAGCCCUUGCUGUGGUGGUGGUGUGUCCCUGUGGCCUGGGGCCUGGUUCUGAGCAUAACUGUGCUCUCAUCCUUCUUCAUUGUGCUCUAUGGUUUGUCCUAUGGCUACCAGACUUCCCGAGAGUGGCUCAUAGCGUCUGGAACCUCCUUUCUUCAGAACGUGUUUUUCAAUUCAAUUCUGAAAUCCUUACUUUUCUCAGCUAUAAGCACAAUUCGUCCAAAAUACUCUGAAGACAUCAGAUGGGUAACUCAGGAAAAGCAUGUGGAGAUUAACUCAGCUGAAGAAACUGAGAGAGAUGCCUGA